GAUAAACUCAUGAGUUUUUGUCAACUGUUUGUCAAUUGUUUGGGAGUAUCUCGGAUAAAAUUAUGGAGUCGUCUGCUAGUGGAAAAUGUUUAGGUAAAACAUAGAACAUUUUGUCAUGUAUGUGCAUCAAUAAUCAGUGAACGUAAGACAAUGUAUGCGCAAGGAAGCACAUCAGCUGAUCCAUUUAUUGCUGCGUUUGGAAAUCCGUUGUUGGAUUUGUGUGUAAUUAUUAAUGACAGUGAAAUUUUGAAUAAAUACGGUCUGCAGAUCGACGGACAGGCGGAAAUUACCGAAGAAGAAUUAGGCAUAGUAGAUGAUAUUCGAGUAAGAUAUUCGCCGCAGUACAGUGCGGGUGGAGCAGCGCAAAACUCAUUACGGGUAUUUCAGUGGCUCGUUAGAGAGCCAUUUAAGUCGGUCUACUUCGGUGGUAUCGGGACCGAUGACCGAGGUGCGCUUCUUGAACGCCUAGUAAAAGAUGCUGGCGUCAGUACCAGAUAUUCGUACAAUCCUGGUUAUCCCACUGGAACUUGCAUUGCUCUCAUCAAUGGUGAGCACAGAUCACUGGUUGCUCACAUUGGGGCAGCAACCAAAUAUGACGGUUCAUUACUGGAUAGCAAGGCUGUAACUAAAUUACUAGAGCGUAUAAAAGUGUUGUACAUCGAAGGCUUCUUCUUGACUCACAGUUUUCCGGUGUGUGUUAGACUCAUUGAGAUAUGCAAAGUAAACAAGAUACCUUUAAUCUUCAAUUUAAGUGCUCCGUAUGUUUGUGAAAGUCAUACACAUGAGGUAACUGAGCUUGUUAAGGGUGCUAACAUCAUAUUUGGAAAUAGUGCAGAGUUUUAUUCCCUUGCCAAGCAGUUGAAUAUUAAAAACAGUAGCUUAAAAGAUAUUGUUGUGAAACUUAGAGAAAAUUUUAAUAAUUCUCUUGCUGAGAGUAAACUGCAGCAUUGUGAUGUAUCACAGAUCUUGAAGGAAGGGAAAUUGAUUAUUGCUACUCAGGGCAAAAAUUCUGUUAUUUGUGUUUAUGGGAAAACAAAUACAGUUUUAGAAGUAAAAGUUGUAGAAAUGGAUCUCUCACAAGUGAAAGACACCACAGGUGCUGGAGAUUCUUUUGUGGCUGGUGUUCUUGCAGGUAUCUUUCACAACUGCAGUCUGGAAACCUGCAUUCAUUUGGGAUGUUGGGCUGCUCAGGAAAUUAUUAAGCAGAUUGGCUGUACAGUCCCUCCUUAUCCUCCAGACGGUGCAAGAAAGUUUUUAGAGGGGUAAUGUUUUGAAAUUGUGAUCUGAGUAGAAUACUUGAUUAUUUUGGGAUCUAGAUUUAAAUAAAGUGUUACAAAAAAUAAAAGCAAUUUGUUAUAGUUUCUUUCACUUAAAGACUGCAGAACCCUUUUCUACAUGUGAAUCUCAAAGCAUCAUAUAGUUUGUGUGUACCUGAGUAAAACUGUUAAGUCAAAUUUCAAUAUUUUAUUUUAUUUGUAACCACGGAGAAAUUUUGCAAAGAAGGUUGAGGGAUAUCUUUACAGAGCUGGUGUGUGGAGAAUAAUUGAAGUAUCAUACAUGAGCAUGUAUGUGUUGAUUUAAUUACCUUUUUAACAAAAAUAUAAUGGAGUGAAGUACAAACCAUGCCACUAUUUGAGCCACUGUCUACAUAUAAGUAUUUCUAUUUGAUACUUUGGUUGAGGAGUUGUCUCACUGUGCUCAUAUAACUCCCAAGUGCAAUAUUGUCAUCAUAUAAUGCUGAAGAAUGAACAACAGUGAAAUUAACCAUUGAACAGGUGCACCUUUGUAUAAAGUGUGCCGACCACAAAUAACAUUGUCUUCUACCAUUUCAUUAUUGCUUUAGCUAACUGAGUGCUAAGUUGUGUUGUCAUAUGUCCAAGUGAACAGCAGUAAUAUAAAAUCAGCUGCAUGCUAGGUGAGAAAAAAUUUAUAAUCCAUAAAAGAAAAUGUCGCAGAUUCUGACCUAGUGGCACAAUCCUACAACGAGGCAUUUGUAUGUGAGACAAUUAGCAGUCUAAUAAGUGAUUGGCUGUGAUCCGAUGCAACUGCACUGUUUAAUGCUUCAAGUGUGUCAUUACUGUGGGGUAAGAAUUGUAUGCAGUAUCAGACUGAUAUAAUGAAAGUUUAUUUUAUUAUUUUUUAAUUAAACUGUGAUUUUGUUCAUUUAUGCUUACCUUGGUAACAUGAAAAUGUUAAAUGUAUACAAAGUGUGCUGUGUGCCUGCUUGAGGGUUAAUUGCACCUGAGAUAUGUGAACAGUUUUUCAUGGAUGAUAUUCAUAUCAGUAAGAAUUGUCAGUCAUCCAUAACAUUAUCACAUUGUGGAGUAAUGUUGUGGCUCUAUUGUUGCAUUUCGCAGAAUGUUUUCUUUUAUUCUUAGUUACUUAGAAUAAAAAUAUGAUUUCCUUCCUUACAGUGUCAAUACUACUUAUUGUGAUUGGAUUUUAUUUUUGCUUUUUCUGAGAAUAUUACCUGUUGUGCUAAUGUUCUAAUUCUUUAAGUAAACAAAAUGCAGAAUGAAAUUUUCACUCUGCGGCAGAGUGUGCACUGAUAUGAAACUUCCUGGCAGAUUAAAACUGUGUGCUGGACCGAGACUCGAACUCGGGACCUUCGCCUUUCGCGGGCAAGUGCUCUAACCGAAGCACAACUCACAAUCCGUCCUCACAACUUCAUUUCCGCCAGUACCUCAUCUUCUACGUUCCAAACUUCACAGAAGCUCUUCUGCGAACCUUGCCCGCGAAAGGCAAAGGUCCCAAGUUCAACUCUCGGUCUGGCACACAGUUUAAUCUGCCAUGAAGUUUCAAACAAAAUACAGAUGUUUGUUGCUAGCCCACAAUUCUAAGGCAGAAUCAUUCAAAUCCAAGGUGAAGUCUGCAGAAAGUGAACUUCUUGUUAAAAUAAACUAUAAUAUGAGCUGCUCGGAGUACUAUUAGUGUGUUCUACAGGAGAAGGAACUUCUAAAGGCUGAUACAUCAGACAACAAGUACGUCUAUAAAUUCCAGUCCCAAGCCCAUUGAUUUUCACCUAUGUAUAUGGUAAAGAACUGCUAACUUCCAAAUAUUUUAAGUUUCAAGUAGGGCAAUUGUUUAGCUUCUGUGUGAAGAUAAAAACUUGAUGAACAUUAGUAAGAAUUGCACGUGUAAUCUAUCAAGUGCAACCUUUUGCUUGAAAUGUCUCAAGUUUUGAAUUGCCAGUUGUGACAACCCUACCUCCAAUGUUUCUCCAACAAACACAUUGUGUGAAGAACCUAGCUUUGCACCUUUAGUAUAUAGUGCAGACAUUUUCAAUAACAUCCAUUCACAUUUUUGACAAUCCUAGUCACAGAUGUCAGCAAAAUGCCAAGAUACUGUCAACAAUAGCAUGUUUCUAAGAAACGAACCUUCGCAGAAAUAUGCAUAGCCUGCAGCGAAAUCCUGAAUGAUUUUGUAUAAAUAAGAUGUGUUUUUAAUGAGACAAAUAAGUCAGGAAAUGACCAAUUACAGAAUUUCAGUCUGUCUGAACAGUGUUAUGACGAAACAAGCUGGAAUAAUUUUACUUCCCCUCUUGUUUUGCCAUCUGCAUCCUUAAAAUUCAUUUUUUCAUGUCAGACUAAUUACCAUUAACAUACGUGAGUAUAAUCUGCAUUUCCAUAAAAGAGAAAGGUUGUACCUCAGUUUUAAAGAAUAUAACACCAGAUCUAAUUUUGCGCUUAGUUUUAUGUAUAUAAUUGAUUUUUUAAUUUAUUUUGACUAUUCCUAGUGAGUAUCUUUUGUUGUAGAGUGCAAUCAGUAACUGUUGCGUAACUUAAAUUCUAUAGUUGAAUUAUAAACAAGUAUUCGAAAACAUGUUAGCAAAGCCCUUGAUGAAUUCCAAAGUAAUUAACAGUUUUGCCAGAAGUGUUGUUUGCGUAACAAUAUCUGUUAAUUUUAUCACACAAACAAAUAAUGCCGCUUAACCCAUUUAGGAGAAGAAACUGUUAAAAAGAAGGAAGUUUUUCAUGUAUUCACUUAAUUUAAUGAUUUAUGUUUGAAUUGUAAUUUCUAUAAAGUAAACAUAUAACAAUGUGUGUUUUAGUGCCUAUUAUUGUGAGAAUAUAUAAGGGCCUGAGACAGUCAGUCCACGGUCGAGUUUCAGACGAUGAACAUGUAUUGGUUAGAUCAACUUAACUGUGAAACAAGUAUAAUAUAAAUAGGCCGUGUGUUAAAACAA